AUGGGCUGUAUACAAAACGUUCACCCCAAAAAAUACGGUCAAGGAUCAAGGCAAUGCCGAGUAUGCUCCAACAGGCACGCCAUCAUAAGAAAAUAUAACAUCAACAUAUGUAGACAAUGCUUUAGAGAAAGAGCUGAUAUAAUUGGAUUUAAAAAGUAUAGAUAA